AUGUGGGCUGUUGAGCCACAUCCAAAUAUCCUAUUUCCAGCCUCAACCGGCUUACCACGUGGUCAAGAUGACGCGUUAUAUAGCUCCCUGGCUUAUCCCUCCUCUUCCAUGUCGUCCAAGCCAGUCGUCCUCCUUCUGGGAGCAACAGGUUUCACAGGAAAGCUGGUCACGCGCCAACUCGCUUUCCAUCGCGACCGCGACGCGUUUGCCCUUGUCCUCGGUGGCCGUUCUGAGGCCCGCCUCAAUUCACUGGUAAAAGAGCUCGGAUUGGACAGCAGUAUCCGUCUCCAGGUCGUCGACGUCAAAAACCGCGAGCAACUGGGGAAAGUAAUCCCAGCAGCGACUGUUGUGCUGAACACAGUUGGGCCAUUCUGGCUGUAUGGCAGUCCGGUGGUUGAAACAUGCCUCCGAAAUUGUGUCCAUUAUGUCGACCUCACCGGCGAAACCCAAUGGAUCAAAGAGAUAAUCAAGACCUCACAUUACCCCGCUACAAAGAACGGCACCAUUAUCGUCCCUUCUUGUGGCUUCGACUCCGUUCCAGCCGACCUGCUCCCCUUCAUUGCCGCCAGAAAGCUGCAAGAGUUCACCGGCCACCAUGUCGACAUCGACAACUCGAUAUCUGCUUAUAGCAUACGCGGCAGCAUGUCUGGCGGCACUCUCGCCACGCUUUUCACAGUUCCCCAAAUCCACCCUACGGAACUCCAGGCUGCGAGUGCCCCAUUUGCACUGAGUCCCAUGGUCGGCGUAGCACAGGCUCCAUCCCGCCUCGUCUACCGCGUUCGCAUGCCCGACACAAAACAGAUGCUUAGCGGCGCCUUCUUCUUCAUGAGCCCCGCCAACCGCCCGCUGCAGCAACGGUCAUGGGGUCUAUUGGAGGCAGAGGCAGCACGCGACGAGACAGACAUCCACUUUGGCCCGCAAUUCAAGUACGACGAGUUCUUCGUUACCGGAAGCCGGCUCCUCGGGCUCUUCGUGACUUUGACUCAGGCUCUGGUGUUUAGUCUCUUCCUCAUACCGCCGACACGGUGGCUGCUGAAACAAAUACUGCCCCAGCCUGGCGAUGGCCCAUCAGAAAGAACACUGAAGAGCGGGCGCAUGAAAGUGACGAACGUCUCCACCGCUGCAUCUGGCCUCGCAGUUAAGACGGUGAUGCAGAGCAAAGGCGAUCCGGGGUACUGGACGACCUCUUUCAUCGUUGCGGAAGCUGCAUUGUCGAUUGCCUUGCAUUAUGACGAACUGCCGGCUCUGGCUCGCCGCGGGGGGGUGCUUACCCCUGCAACUGCAUUCGGCGAUGUCCUGGCGAAGCGACUCCAUGACGCGGGCGUCUUGAUAGAGAGCCAAGUUUUCAAGCAGGACUAA